GUUACCUGGGUAAUCACAAACCAUGGGGCGAUGGUAGAAAGGCUCUUAAUAUCGACGCUGAUUGGCGAAAGGCUGAAGAGAUAUUUGAGUAAAUAAUAAAAGGAAGGAGGAAGCUGUUGAAAAGGACCAAUGCGAAAAGAGCUUCCCGUGGAAAAGCCUGACGGUUCAGGAACGAAACAUGAAUGAAACUGCGCGGGCUCGUUGUCAAGAUAAAAGACGUAGAAAGGGUGUCGUAAGCAGGAAGCAUAAGGCCUGGGCUGUAUAUUGAAUCAAUAAAAUGGAAUGGUGGGAAGAGAAGUUCAAAAGACUCAAGCUUAUGAUAAUCUUAUUUGGCAAGUUAAAUAAUCCUCAAUAUGCACUGUUAGUCGGCAGUCAACUGCUUGCCAUGCUAUAUCUGCCGGCUGCCAAACCGAAGCUUUUAGGUUAUGCAAAUGGCCACUAACCCACCCUGUCGGAG